AAGGUACCUAGGUCGAUAUAAACAUCCAGUCUCGUUUAUUUCAACUGCGCUCUGUCCCCUUGACCCCUUGUCUUACACAUCCACGAAUUUAUUCGCCACCUCUUCUUCUUACGACUUCAAACUUCCAGCAGUAGCAAAUAGCGAUGCCAGACGGUACAUUUUUCGAGGGCAGCCUCCAAGAUGGCAUCAACCUCGCCAUCCAGCAAUCCAAGAUGGUCCUUGCAUUUGUCACUGAUAGUGGUGAUGAGAGUCAGUUAUGGGAGGAUGAACUCCGCACCAACGACUCUCUAAAAGCACCUCUCGAGCAUCAAGCUGUGGCCUUGCGACUGCAGGCAGGGUCCGAAGAAGCAGGCUUCUUAGAGGCGCUAUUUCCUAUACCAAAGAAGCCUACAGUGGUUAUCAUUCAAAAUGGGACUUUAAAGGAAUAUAUACAAGGGGGCACGGCAAGGGAAGAUCUUAUUCGCAGAGUUGCAGCGAUUCUGAGCACCACAUCAACGACUCAGGCUCAACAGCCAGCUGCUACCCCUGCAAGUCAACCAUCUCCAGCCCCUCCAGCCCCAACAUCUACUAGGAAUCAUGUAACAGAUGAUCUGUACGAUAAUUAUGAUAUCCCAGCUAGAUCCUCUCCGGCACCGGCCGAGUCUUCUCGAGAGGGGCAGGACUUACUAGCAGCAAGACGUUUAGAAGCUGAGAAGAAAGCUAAGGAGGCCAAGGAAGCCGAAGCUAAAGAAGCUAAGGCCAAAGCAGAACGAGAAGCUAAAGCUCAAGAACGCCGGAGAGCAAGCGAGAACAACGAAGGCCAGUCCUCUUCCAGCAGCAGACCAGAACGAUCUUACGCCGAAGAAGUCAGGCAACAGAAGAUACGAGCAGCUGAGGACAGAAAGCGCAUUCUGAAGCGCAUCGAAGACGAUAAGCGAGAGCGAAGGGAGCGAGAAGCCAAGGAGAAACAGGCAAGGCUCCUUCUAAGCUCGACAAAUGACGCCGAAGCGUCUAGCAGCCAGACUCCACCUAUUGCCCUCCCUCGGAGACAGGCCAGCAGCAGCUCGGGCGGGGAGUACUGUAACUUACAAGUCCGACUUUUGGACGGAUCGACGAUCCGAUCCCGUUUCAAGAGCGACGCAUCGCUCGGCAGCGAAGUACGCAAGUGGAUCGACGAGGACCGGACCGACGGCGACGCGCCGUACACCUUCCGCAUCGUCCUUACGCCUCUGCCCAACAAGGCCGUCGAGCCUCCCGAGGAGUCGCAGUCCCUGCUCUCCCUCGGCCUGGCCCCUUCCGCCACCCUCGUCCUGGUCCCCGCCAAGUACUCGUCCGCGUUCCCGUUCGCGUUCGCGCGCGCCUCCGACAACUUCGUCUGGCGCAGCCUGUCGUACAUCCUGGGCUUCGUCGGCUCCGGGUACGGGCUCCUCUCCGGGCUCCUCGGCGAGCUCGCCGGCCUGCUGACCGGUCGCGGCGCCGCGGCGCCCGAGGAGGUCCCACUGCAGAAUCUGGCUGCGGGUAGGGCCGCCGGCUCGUCGCGGAUUAGGGGGUUUGAUAGUAGUGCCGAGGAGAGGCGUAGGGACGCGCAGUUGUAUAAUGGGAAUUCGGUAAGUUUUUUUUGGCUUGUGAAGAGAAGUUGGGUGAGGCAGACUUGAUAUUUCAUUGCUAACGACGACCGCUAAAUAGUUGAAUUUCGAGCCGCGGAGAGAUGAAGAUGACGAAGAAGAUGGAAAUAGGUAGGAUGGAUGGGUGGGUGGUGGCAGAAUUGGGUUAAGAAGAGAAGGGAAUGGUUGAUUUGUGGUAGUAUUGAUUUCCAACCCAUCUCCCCCCUUUUCGCGUGUAAAGGGCUGUUGUGUUUAAUGUAUCAAGUAGAAAUAGCUGCGGUAACGAGUUAAUUAUACUGCGUUAAGUAUGAUCUCCAAUGUACAAUACGGUCUCCGGUUGUCUGAUCCCAAAAUUCGCCGGUUGUGCUGCCACUUGUGAAGCGGGUGGCAUGUGCUGGGCACGAGAGAUUCCCUAUGGGAGAAGAGUCUCAAAGGGUUUAUUCGUAUAAGUUUCUAGAAUGGAACUACAUAACUGG